GCAGCCUGCAACAGCCCUCACAACGCAUUUUCCCAUGCCCACCAGUGGCAGCACCGCGAUUGUACCCACGGGCCCGACGGUCAGCGGCAUUCUUGUGCCAAGCGCAUCGUCCUCCCGUACCCAGCAGAUUGUUCAAAUCGUUGUCACGGUUCUUGGCACGAUCGUGCUCGUGCUCGUUAUCAUUGACACGCUGGCCAACAACUGGGCGCUAAACGACGCGAUUAGCAACGCUCAGUUCUUUCGCACCCCGAUCGCGACCGUCACGGACUUCUCGGGUCUCUCGGCGGCGUACGCGUUUGCGCGCGAGCGGGCGCUCGCUGAUAUUUCGCAGAUCGGCGGCUGGAUGCUCAACUUGACAUUAUCCGAAUUGGUCAGUCUCGAGACCAACUACUAUGUCGUGUCGGCUGGCGCCUACGACCUGCCCGCGACCACAGACCUCUGCAGCACCUUUGAAGGCCACUACGAUGUGAAUCUGGAUGCGGAGCGGAUCAAGAUUGCGGUCGUCUCGAGCUCGGUCACGUUCGUUCGAGGCAGUGCGUGGAGCCAUUUCUUUACAAAAGACGCGACCCACGACUUGGCGACAUCGGCCAUGGGCAGCAGCGAGCUCUUGGCGCUGGGCUAUACAGCAGCACGUAAUGUAGCCGAUUUGCGCCUGUCGGACCCGUUCAAGAUUGCCAAGAGCGCCCAAACGCAGCAGAUUGUCAUCUCGUACUACAAGCUGUCGCCACGGAGCUUUUGCAGCGGGUUCACGCCCAUCGUCGUGCUUGGCCACGGCAAAUGCAACCUCACGCUUCUCUACGACGACGCCACGUCCGUGAUGAAGGUGCAGAAGAGUGCCAACGUGGACAAGUCGAUGUACAAGCUCGGGUUCAUGCUGCCGCAAUCAAAAUUUUCGACUGCGUCAAAUUACCUCAAGGCGAUCGCGAUCGCGUUUGCCAUUGGCGGCUACCUCGGGAGUCGCAAAACUGUGCAGUGGGACGACGUCGACCUGAGCGUCACCGACUCGAUUUUUUCGAAACUAUUGGGCACGAUUUCGCCAAAGUACUUUCCGUACCCGAGUUUGGCGCUGAGCUUUGACAUGUUUUGCUACAAUUCCGAUUUGUUUGUGCUGCUGUUUGCAGCGAGCGUGAUUCUGGACAUGGCCACGUGGUACGUCGCGAUUCGCAACUUGCAAUACUAUAAUUCGCUCGCGCCUCAAUUUGGUGUGUCGCUGCAGCUCUAUGCGCUGAGCAUCCGUCUCUUGUGGCUCAACUGUCUCUUUUUAAAGAUGCUCAAACUCGGGUGGAGCGUUCUGAGCACGGCCAGCUACAGUGGCGAGAGCCGUGUCAUGGGCUACUUCAACUUGUCGAGCGUCUCGUUCGUGUACUUGAGUGCUGCGCUUCUCGUUUUCGUUCCAUCGUUUGUCGAGUACAACAACAGCGUCAACAUCGAGCUCGACUUUGGCACCGAGAUUUUGGACCCGAUUCACGUUGACGCCUACGAUGCAUUUUUUAUUCGCUGCGUUCCCUCGAUUAUUGUCCUCCUGAUCGUCAACGUCCUCGGCAUCACGACGCUCGACCAUGUCUUUCGGUACAAACACUGGGCGUUUCUCGCGAAAAACUCACUCGCACGCCAAGCCAUCUUUAACAGCAGCUCGAUCGUCUGCGACUACCUUGAGGGUAUUGCGCCGGACUCUGACGUCGGCGGUCACGGGUCGCUGCUCAUCUGCAAGGCGCGUCGGCUCAGUACGCUGCAGUGGUUCUUCAUGAACCAUCUGCGGUGCUUUGGGCUGCCCGAGAAGGAGCUCCGCGCGAAAAAGAAGAUGCUGCAGACGUCGUCCGUGACCAUGUCGACGUCGAGCGAAGAUGGCAAGGGCAACGCCAAAUGCAUCGUCGCGCAAGACAGCAACGGCCAUGUUCACUUGUUGAAUGCCGGCUUGAACGAUGUGACAGCGCUCGUAUUCAACAUCAAGAUUCUCAAAGACACGUCGGUCGCGAUCCAGUAGAUGUUUCAUACCAACAUGCUGUCUAUUGCUCUCUUUCAUACAACACUUG